CCUAUAGGGAAGUAUUCCUAUUGGAGCAAUAGGGAAAAUGGUGUAAACAACCAGGGAAGGAAAGUACAUUAUUCCCUGCACCAUGGGUUGUUAGUCUGUCUUGAGAGCAAAUGCUGUGAAAGACUGCACCCUUAAAGGUGGUCACAUUUUGGUAGUUAACUCACCUGCUAUUAAUUAAGGUGCAAGAUCACUGCACUCUGGUCUUUUGGCUUGCUCAGUAUAAACUACCUUUGAAGCUCCUGGGGGGUAAGAAGUCCUGAUGUGGCUUUUAGGAGGGUCCUAGCAGAAGUGAAAUAGUAUUAUCUGGCUAGAAGGAAAAGGCUGAGAAGGUACUGGGAUGGAAGCAGAGUGCCGCCCGCCCACCUGCUACCACCUGUUUAGCUUUAGCAAUUCCUAUAAAGCCUCUUCGAGUCUGUAAGACACGAUCAUUGCUUAACGGCGGCAGUCAAGAAGGGAGAGGUUUCUGUUAGAAGUCACGUCUUCAGAUUGCAACAGUUCAUCUUAUCAAAACAUCCUCCUAAACUGAAUCAGGACUCCUUCCAAGUGAAAUGGCCAUUGGAAUGGAUGUCUUUUUAAUCCAUUAAUAUCCUUUCUGGCUUAAAAGGACCUUUUUCUUCACUAACUCGUGUUUUGAGGAUGGAGAUUUUGUUGUUGUUUAUCUAUGUCAUUCAGUUUACAGAAGUGAGAAGAAAUGAAAGCAUAAGGCAUUGAGAACUCUUUAUUCUUUCAUUAAACAAUAAGCAAUUUUCAGACACUUCCAGAAGAGCCGGAAGAGUUGUUUAUUUUUUUAUUUUUUAUGCUAAGAUAAAUAUCUCAUCAACAAUAUCUGGAAAAAGAUUCAAGAGGUACACAGACUACUUAAAGAAGUACUUUUUCUACAACUGUUCAGAUGCUUCAUUUUUAAAGUGUAAUUUUUCCUAUAUGUGUGUGAAGCUGCAGCUGCAAUAAAUAUGAAAACCUGUAAAUCCAAUCAUUUGGAUUCAGGAGUAGAAUUGGACAUCCAGUGCAGAAGUGGACCAGGCUGCGUUGUGAAGUGCAGCACAGAAAGAAUGGAGAGUGCUGCCAAGAGAAGACUGGCUGCCAAUGCCAGGGAGAGAAGACGGAUGCAAGGACUGAACACAGCCUUUGAUCGUUUGAGGAAGGUGGUUCCACAGUGGGGUCAGGAUAAGAAGCUCUCCAAAUACGAAACCCUUCAGAUGGCUUUGAGUUACAUCAUGGCUCUAACACGAAUACUUGCUGAAGCAGAGAGAUACAGUACUGAAAGAGAAUGGAUUAACCUUCACUGUGAACACUUUCAUCCAGAGAGCUACCACCAUUAUACGGGACAAAAAGUGGCAACAGACAGUGAUCCUUAUGCACAGCGAAUAUUCAGCUAUCACCCCGAACACUUUCAAAUAGCUAAUUAGAACUUAGUAUGAGCUAAAAAUAUGCAGCAGGCCAGAUGUGUAAUUUAAUAAUUAGCAAGAGUUAAUCUGCUUGAAUAAGGUAAUAUUGGCAUUACAAUAGCUUAUUCAUGUUUCUGUCUUAUACUAACUUGACAAAAUAAGUUUGCUUUGAGAACUUAAAUCAAUAUGCGUUUAGGAAAUAUGAAUUUCUUUACUGUUGAUAGAAAGCUGUUUGAAAUCUUACAGACUAUUGCUUGCUAGUUAAUUUGGCUCCUUUAAUUAAAUAAGUCUUUUUAUUUAAUUAUGAUUCAUGAUAGUAUUUCUUGCCAGUCAGGGGCCCAAUUGACCCUUGCUAUAACUGAAUGGAGUAACACUACAAAUCAAUUUCAUUCUAUGUUUUUAUUUUUAUGUCAGCUUUCAAGUAAUUCUUUGUUUUGUUUUCCCUUGAAUGACUCCCAUGGAAAAAGUUUUAUCUUGGAGUUCUAGUCCUUGGAGAACUAACUGUCUUAAACUUUGUAAGUUUGAUAUAUGGGUUCCAAAAUUGUGUAGGUUUGCUUUAAUCCAACUUACGGUGUCUCUUGUAUGCUCGAAAAAGAGCUAACUUCAAGUCAUGAAAAUGUUUUUAUUUUUAGUGGCUGUAAAAGCACAUGCUGUUAUAUACUGUGAAUGAGAUGCUUGUGUGAAAACAAUCUAAACAUCUGGAUUUUGUAGUUUGCAUCUUAUUUUUUAAUUUUAUGUUACCUAGAGACAGAUUUUGUAAAUCAUAAAUAAAGCUUUUUCUAUGAUAUGUCCUCAUAUACUACCUUAAAUUCCAACUCUAGAAAUUACUUACUUUGUUUCCCUUAGUAUUUCACUGCUUCCUCUGCCCUGACAGCUUAGUGUGCAGAAAAACUGGCAAAUGAUGUUUGUCACUCAGUUACAGGAGGAGGUGUGUUGAGUGUACCCUCCAAAAAACAGCUUUUAAAGAUAAAUUUUGUUGAAAGGUAUGCUUUAUUUCAGCCCUGCUGAUGCCCUCAAUUGUCUUUUAUUUAUUUUCUCCUUGUGCUUGUGGAAGAUAGAGCGAUUUGGAUAGAAAAGGCAGAAGACUUAGGAAAAGGAGACUGGGAAGGUGGAAAAAAAAAUAAUAAAUGAGUAGGAGCAGAACAGCAGAUGUGUCCACAAAGGCCUGACUGCAGAUGCCUGUUAUGAUGGUGGCAGACUGUGAAGAUGAAGGAUACUUCUGCUGGUGAUGCUGUUGGGAAUUUCCAGAAAUGAGCACUUUGCUAAUGUUAGCCAUCUGGGAGAAGGAGAAAAGGGGCUGCUGUCCCAAAACAACUGAUGGUAGAUUUCCAGCAGGGAAGGCUGGCAGGUUGCCUGCUGCCAUAUCUUGUCAUUUGAAAGAAUCCUAAAAUAAAGUGGAAGUUUUGAUAAGAGCUAUUUGCAACAAUUAAGUAGCUUUCAAUGGAAAUGAAAAUUAAAAAAACAGAACCAGCAAUAGGAACUAAGUGCUGUUUUGGGACUCUGCUACAGAAACUGUUAUUUAUGUAGAGAGAGACCUGACCUUAGUAUCUGUCAUCUCCCUGAACUUUCAUUGACAUUUUGCCUUUGAUCAGUGUCUUGUGGAAUAGUACACUUCCAAAGCUACAAGUUAGAUUGAAUUUGGAGUAAAAGGACAGACUUUCAGGUCUAGGUUAAACAAAUAUAGAAAGCAAAUAUAUUCUGAGCAGAUUUCUCCCUUAAUCACUGGUAUUCAGGAACAUUUUUUAAUAUAUAUUUUGGCUUUUCUAAGUUCAGUAGUGAUUAGGGUAAUUAUUAAAAUGUGGACUUUUUCUUAUGAAUUACAUUUGCUCUUUAUGUAGUUUCAGCCUUCUGGGAAUACAAAGUCAUAUUGUUUGCUGAUUUCUUUACAGAAGUUUAUACAGAGAGAAUAGAAGUAGUUGUUUGUCACGCGCUUGAGUUAAUAGUGUUGGAAAAUUUGUUAUUGUUAAGUGACCAAUUUCUCUGCAUCACAAAAUUGUAGAGGCUCGAAGGGACCUCUGGAGAUCACCAAGCCCUAUCCCCUGCUGAAGCAGGUUCCCUAAAGUCGGUUACACAAGUAGGCAUUCAGGCAGGUUUUGAAUAUUUCUAGAGGAGGAGACUUUGCAGCCUCUCUGAGCAGCCCGUUCCAGUGCUCUGUUACUCUCACAUUAAAGAAGUUCUUUGUCAUAUUCA